GUUAAAUUCUGGAGCAGCACAUUUUACUAUAGGGCGCUUUGAAAACGAGUGCUUCUUUCUUGGAAAUAUAUUUGUGGCGAUGCUUCUGUAGUAACUUGACCUUUAAUCAUUUUUUCUCUGAAAGCAUUUGAAGAGUCUGUGGGAGAAGCAGCUGCGCCGACUACUGGCUUUCUACUGAAUCAAAAUACCAACUGAGAUGGUGCAAAUUUGCAAAUAUUAAACGUCGUGUUUUAUACACAUUUCUUCACUUACAAAGAGAAAAGUGCUUCGCCCUUCUCUCCUAAUCAAAUUACUUUACGUAUUUUGUGCAUAUAAAAAAGGAAGGAUUGGUGCACGUUGGAUUCUUGCUAAGAUGAAACGGUGAAAGUAAAGAGAACUAUGGUUGCAAAAAUGCUCAACCACAAUAUGAUGAUGAUGAUGAUUGUGGGAUUGAUUUGGGAGUUAACUAUUGGGAUAUUUUCUCGAGGGGAAAGAACAGAAUUUGAAGCUGCUUCUGAUCAUGAAUGUGGUUCAGUUGAUUCUAGCCAUUAUUGUGUUAAAGGUGAUAACUGGGGUUAUAGCAAAAUUAACCCGAAAAGAGUUUCCAUGGAUUUGUGGAAUUUAACAUCUCGGAAGUUAAUAGAAUCUUUCCCACUUGAUCCUAUCAAAGAAAAUUAUGUACGUCAAGUGAGGGGUUGUAUUUUUUCAGCUGUUCAGCCAGAACCUUUCAAGUCUGCAAUCAAGCUGGUAGCAGUGUCGAAGGAAGUUGUGGAAGACCUAUUGGACUUAGAUAUGUCUGUAACAGAGACUGAAGAGUUUAUUCAAUUUGUCAGCGGUGCACGAAUUCUGCCUGGAUCUGUCCCUCUAACUCAUAGAUAUGGUGGUCAUCAGUUUGGAGUCUGGGUUGGCCAACUGGGUGAUGGAAGAGCCCACUUGCUUGGAGCUUAUACUAACAGGCACGGUACAAGAUGGGAGCUUCAACUGAAAGGCUCUGGGAAGACUCCCUAUUCUCGAGAUGGUGAUGGUCGUGCUGUUCUCCGCUCAUCCGUAAGAGAAUUUCUUUGUAGUGAGGCCCUGAAUUACCUUGGGAUCCCUACCAGCAGAGCAGUCAGUCUGGUUGUAAGCAAUGAUGAUGUGAAGAGGGAUCAGUUUUACAAUGGAAGUGUGGAGAAUGAAAAAGGUGCAAUAGUUCUCCGUGUAGCUAAAUCAUGGUUUCGUUUUGGGUCACUAGAAAUUUUGGCACAUUCUGGAGAGACUGAAUUAUUAAGGAAACUGGUGGAUUUCAUUAUAAAACAACAUUUUCCUCUGAUAAAUGCAACCAACUCAAAUAGGUAUCUGGAAUUUUUCUCUCAAGUUGUGAUUGAUACUUCAAAUCUCAUCGCACAUUGGAUGUCAGUGGGAUUUGCGCAUGGUGUGUGCAAUACAGACAACUUCAGUGUACUGUCUGUUACAUUAGAUUAUGGUCCUUUUGGCUUUAUGGAUUUCUAUGAUCCUAAUUUUGUGCCAAAUACAUCUGACGAUGAAGGUCGGUACAAGAUAGGGAACCAAGUCAAUGUUGGGAGAUAUAAUCUCAACAAACUGAUGAAGGCUUUGAAUCCUUUAUUGGACCUUAAGCAACAGCUGUUGGCUGAACAAAUAUUAAAAGGAUAUCCUGGUCUUUAUCAAACCAAAUUCAUGGAAUUGUUUAAAGCUAAGUUGGGCUUGUUUGGAUACAAUAAUAAUGAUGAAUAUCUGAUUACAUACUUGCUGAAGCUGAUGGAAGAUACAAGAGCAGAUUUCACAAUGACGUUUCGUCAGCUUAGUGAGAUUACAAAGCAACAGCUUGCGGCUCAUAGCAUUUCUGAGGAUCACUGGGCCCUUCAAGAUGUUGCAAGACACACAAAUUUCUCGCACUGGGUUAACCUGUACCUAUCAAGGUUGAAUAGGAACAUUGUGGAUUCAGAUGAAGCACGCAGAACUAGAAUGGAAAGUGCCAAUCCAAGGUAUAUCCUUCGCAAUUGGAUGGCAGAGUCAGCAAUCAAGAAGACUGCGGGAAAUGACUUCUCUGAGGUUCACCUUCUGCAGAAAAUUUUACGCCAUCCUUUCAGCAAACAGACAGAAGCAGAGGAAGCAAGAUAUUCUUCCCGCCCUCCUCCAUGGGCUAGAGAGCUUCGUAUCAGCUGUUCCUCUUAAUGCUGAAAGAAAAUUGUAACAGGACCAGAAAGUGUUAACAGCCCAGCCUCUGGGUUUUAAUGGUUUAGCCAAGUAAUUCCAUAUUCCUCUUAUGAGCAAAUUUGACAAGGGUUAAGUGUUGCUAAAUAAAAAUGACUUCCUUUGUUGUGGACACUGUCAA